UAACGCCGACCACAUGAGCUGCUCAUUUUCACAACAAACAAAAUGGCGGCUCACUUGAGAUGGGGGUUCAACCAGUUGAUACGGGCAAGAAAUAAGGCUUACAACAGGUUUCCAGACGUGACCAGGAGAGUUUAUCACUCAAAAAGCUCAAGCCAGAGCUCCAGAAAAGUUCCACCUCAGACUGGGACAAGGACCACACUCUUACCAAUUAGACAACUGUCCAUCCAGACUCAGGACACCCCAAACCCCAGAAGCUUGAAGUUUCUUCCCGGUAAACCUGUCCUAGGAAGUGGGACACUUGACUUUCCCUCUCCAAGCUCAGCUGAAUGUUCAUCUUUAGCCAGGGUCCUGUUUGAAAUUGAAGGUGUAAAAAGUGUGUUCUUUGGCCCGGACUUUAUCACAGUCACUAAAAUGGAUGAAGAUGUGGAAUGGACAGACAUCAAGCGCAAUGCUUUGGAUGCCAUUGCUAAGUUCUUUGAGAGCGGUGAACCAAUAACAACAGGGGCAGUUCACUAUGAGAGCAGUCACUGUGAGGAUGAUGAUGAUAUUGUGUCUAUAAUAAAGGAGCUUUUGGACACCAGAAUCAGACCUACAGUGCAGGAGGACGGAGGCGAUGUCAUCUUUAAAGGCUUUGAGGAUGGCACAGUCAAGCUGAAGCUGGUUGGUUCCUGCACAGGGUGUCCUAGCUCUGCAGUCACACUGAAGAACGGGAUUCAGAACAUGAUGCAGUUUUAUAUCCCAGAAGUAAACACAGUGGAACAGGUGGAAGAUGAAGUGGAUGAAAUCAACGCAAAGGUUUUCUCAGAGCUGGAGCGCAAACUUCAAAAAUGACAACUUCUCUGAACAACACUUUAAUGAACUAACAUACAGCCAACAUUAGAAUGAAGAGAGAAAUGUUGGUCCUGCUAUUUUACAUGCACAUACAUAUUGUUAAGAGUUCAAGCUGUAAUUUGUGUGCAAACUGUCCCUGUUAGACAGAAAAGAUGACGUACGCCUAUAUACGGUCAUUUCAUCAACUGAACACAGCUGCUCUGUGAUGGCUGUAAAUUAUUUGUUGUAUUUAUUUCUUAGAAAUAUUAUAUAUUUUGAAAUACUGUUAUGUUCCCAGAAAUUGAAGUGUGUUUGACAGAUAUGUUCAAGGCACAAUGAAGAUUUGAUAAGUUGUUGAAACGGAACGUAAUGAUGUUGUGAAGGCAUCAACUACUGCAUAAAUUAAAUACAUGUUUUUCAUCAAGCUGUAAUAGUUUAGCAUCUGGAAAUAUCGGUUUGUUAUUUAUAUGCUUUUUGCUGCACUCACACGACAUUGUAUUAAACAAAGAUCACUGUCUGAAAGAUAA